AUGGAGGAGUGGGAGUAUUUAGAAGGACACAAGGAUCUCUACAAGGACGUCAUGAUGGACAAUCAUAAGAGGUUCUCCUGUACUGAGUGCGGGAAAGGUUUUCGUUGUAAAUAUAAUCUUAAGGAGCAUAAAAGGUCUCACACAGGGGAGAGGCCGUAUCCCUGCCCUGAGUGCGGGAAAUGUUUGUCAAAUAAAUCCUCCCUUUACAAACAUCAAAGAUCUCAUACGGGGGAGAAGCCAUUUUCCUGUUCUGAGUGUGGGAAAAUGUUUUUCACAGAAGUCCCAUCUUUCCAAACAUCAGAAAUCUCACACAGGAGAAGAGCCUCAUUCCUGUCCUGAGUGCGGAAAAUGUUUUUCACAGAAAUCCAAUCUUACCAUACAUCAAAGGUCUCACACGGGUGAGAAGCCUUAUUCCUGUUCUGAGUGUGGGAAAUGUUUUACAAAGAAGACCAAUCUUAUCAAACAUGAG